AUGACCCUUAAGAACUGCACUGUGUUUACUGACUUUGUAUUCUUAGGACUUUCAGGUACACAGGGUAUGCAGCAGGGUCUCUUCGUGCUUUUCUUCCUGAUUUAUGGCGUAACUGUGAUUGCCAAUCUAGGGAUGAUCUUUUUGAUCAAGAUGGAUCUCAGACUUCACACACCCAUGUACUAUUUCCUGAGCAAUUUGUCAUUCUGUGAUGUCUGCUACUCUUCCACUGUCUCUCCCAAGAUGCUGGCUGAUUUCUUAUCGGACCAAAAGUGGAUUCCAUAUAAUUUAUGUGCCGUUCAGAUGUAUUUAUUUGGAGUCUUUGCAGAUGUGGAAUGUCUCAUGUUGGCUGUCAUGGCUUAUGAUCGUUAUGUUGCCAUCUGCAAUCCACUUCUUUAUACGAUCACUAUGUCCAGGAGUAUCUGCACCCAGCUAGUGGCUCUUGCCUAUGUUGUAGGUUUGGUGGAUUCUGCAAUCCACACCUGCUGUACAUUCGGGUUGUCAUUCUGCAAUUCUAAUGUUAUCAAUCACUUUUUCUGUGACAUCCCACCAUUGCUAGCCCUCUCCUACUCGGACACAUUCAUUAAUGAGAUAGUGAUGUUCACAUUCAUCGGCUGUAUUGUGGGGUGCAGCAUUGUCACUGUCUUCCUCUCCUACAGCUACAUCAUAAUUACCAUCCUUAAAAUGAGCUCACCUGAGGGCAGACAGAAAGCCUUUUCUACCUGCACCUCCCACUUGAUGGCUGUGGCUGUAUUUCAUGGCACACUCCUGUUCAUGUAUUUCCGACCCAGUUCAAGUUACUCAAUGGAAACAGACAAAAUGGCCUCUGUUUUCUACACAGUUGUCAUACCUAUGUUAAAUCCUCUGAUCUACAGCUUAAGGAAUAGGGAUGUGAAAGGUGCUCUGAAAAAAGCAAUGAACACUAAAUUAUGUUCUGUAUGA